AUGCCAAACGACUUUGAGCGCAUCAAGGUCUUCAACCGGGACGAGCCGGAUCACGAGAAGGAGCUGCGAGUGAUCGUCAAGGCCAACGAUCGGGGCACGCCGUCUCUUGAAGGCACAUGCGCCUUCGUCGUCAACGUACUGGACGUCAACGACAACGCACCCAUGUUCGACAAGUCGAACUACCAGGAGACGAUACCGAAAGACACGGAGCCGGAGGCGGUGGUGCUGCGCAUCUCGGCCACCGACGCCGACAGCGACAACAACGGCGCCAUCGAGUACUUCAUCAACGCCAGCCGGCCGUCGGACGCUAGCUAUUUUACCAUUGAGUCCCGCACUGGCGUCAUCUCGCUGGCACGCAGACUCAGUCAGGUCGGGAUCGACUACGAGUUCCACCUGCGGGCGGUGGCGCGCGACCGCGGCACGCCCUCCCGCUCGGCCCAGGCGCCGGUCAUCGUCACCGUCAAGGACUCGGACACGCGGCCGCCCGCCUUCACCGUGCUGCCCAACCAGACGUACUACCUGCCGGAGAACUACCGCGACACGGAGACCGUGAUCGCGCGGCUCCGCGCCGUGUCCAGCUCUCCGACGAGCCCGAAUGUUUACUACGACAUCGUGCACGGCUCCCAGGAGCAAACCAACAAGUUCAGAACUUUCGUGAUCGACGAGGACGGAAGCGGCGGCGCCAUAAUCAAAUACGGAGGCAGCAGGCAGCUCGACUACGAACAAAUCAAGGAGUACAACAUUACCGUCCGCGCGAUGACGGACCAGCAGACGGGGACCGAGGUCACCUUCAGGAUAGCGCUGGAGGACAAAAACGACGAGGUGCCCAUCUUCUACGACACGGACCGGGUCACCGUGACCGAAAACUCUCCGCCCGGGACGUACGUGGCUGUGACAACAGCCAUUGAUCGGGAUGGCACACCACCAAACAACCAGGUGUCGUACAGCUUCGCGCCGGACUCGGAGGAGUUCCGCAUGUUCAGCAUCGAGCCGGGCACGGGCAAGAUCACGACGCGCGUGACGUUCGACCGGGAGGACAAGCUGCGACCGUCGCCGUUCUACACGAUCGUCGUGAUCGCGCAGGACGGCGCGCCCUCCGACAUCCGCAAGACCACGGAGCCGAAUCAAGCCAAACAGCGGGUGACAAUCGAGGUCGGGGACGAGAACGACAAUGAACCCUACUUCGACACCAACGGCAUCUACCGGGCCACGGUGGACGAGAACGCCGACAUCGGCGCCAAGGUCAUCGAUGUCACGGCCAAGGACACUGACGACGACUCUCGGAUAAAAUACCAGAUCACGGCUGGCAACUACGGCGCCGUGUUCGACAUUGACCCGGACACGGGCACCGUCAAGGUGAAGAACAAGCUGGACUAUGAGAACGGGCGCCAGUACUCCAUUUCGGUGACCGCCUCUGAUGGCAAGUUCGAGGCUACGCAGACGGUUGACAUCGAGGUGCGCAACGUGAACGACGUGGCGCCCGUUUUCGACAAGGCCGACUACCAGCUGCAGCUGCGCGAGGGCUACUUCUCGCCGGAGCCCAUCAUCAAGGUCACGGCCAUUGACCCUGAUCCGGUGGGCGCGGUGGCGAUCGUGUACAAACUGUCGGGCCCGGGAGUGUACCCGAACAGACCCGAAGACGACGUGUUCAGCAUCAACGACAAGGGGGAGGUGGUCGUCCUCAAGGCGCUGGAUCGGGACGAGGGCACGGGCGGCCGCGAGAUCUGGGACCUGUCGGUGCUGGCCUGGGACGACGGCGGCAACGGACUCGGCUCAUCGGUGCCCUUCAGGCUUACGCUGACCGACAUCAAUGACAACGCGCCAUACCUGAUCCAGAGCAACCUCACCCGGCCCGUCAUCAUGGAGAACAAGCCGUUCGACGGCAUCGUGAUCCCGGUGGAGGCUGACGACUUCGACGACCAUCAGCGCAAUGGUCCGCCGUACACGUUCCAGCUGGAUCCGCAGGCGCCGGCCGAUCUGCGCAACAAGUUCUCCGUCAUCACCAUUGGGCAGGACAACCGAGCCGAGAUCCGGCCGCUGGUGAAGUUCGACCGAGAGCAGCAGAAGCUGUACGAGAUCCCCGUGAUCGUCAGCGACAACGAGGCGGCAGAUCCACGGGCUAAGACCGGCACCAGUCGCUUUACCGUCAUCAUCGGCGAUGAAAACGACAACGACAUGAAAUCCGGCUCCAGCACCAUCCAGGUCUUCAACUUCGAGGGUCAGCCGGGACUGGACGUGGCCAGAGAGCCGGUGGGCGAUCAGUGGCUGACGGCUGAGUUUGUCCGGAGAAAUGCCUAUAACCCGCGCCUCACAGGCAAAAUGCCGGACACGGUGGUGGGUCGCGUCUACGUGGAGGACCCGGACGACUGGGACCUGCCCGACAAGACGUUCUCCUGGCUCAGCGGCCAGGACUACCGUCACUUCCAGCUGCACAGCGGCACGGGCAACAUCACCAUGCGAUACGGCACCCCCAACGGCACAUACCCGCUCAAGUUUCAGGUGUAUGACAAGAAGUUCCAGUCGACGGUGACGGCGGACGUGACGGUGGUGGUGCGCCUGCUGCCCCGCGAGGCCGUCACGCAGUCGGGCUCGGUCCGCAUCAAGGCCGUGACAGCCGAGCAGUUCGUCUCGCCGCCCGACAAAAAUACGCCGUCCAUGUACCAGCGGAUGAUCUCCGAGCUGGCGCGCCUGUUCAGCACGGCGCCGGAAAACGUCGACCUGUUCGGCGUGCAGAACAACGGCGCCGGCGGCGUGGAUGUGCGCUACGCCGCGCACGGCUCGCCCUACUACCGCAAGGAGAAGAUGGACGGCGUCCUCGGCCGCAACAAGAAACAGCUGGAGGAAAUGUUCAAGAUUGAGAUUGAGCAGGUGGGCAUAGACGACUGCAUCUUUGAAACCACGUGCCGUGGCAGCUGCCACUCCCACCUGCAGAUCCAGGGCAACGAAGUUCACCGGGUGCAGACAAACACCUCCAGCAUUAUCGCUGUACGGACUGAGAUGCAGUACACGUGCGGGGAAUGUGAGCAGAAAAUGCCCAAGGAAAUAUGCCUGAACGAUGGGCGAUGGGACGACACACGGUCGAGGUGUGAGUGUCUUGUGGGUUAUCCGGGACCCAACUGCGAGGGCCUGACCAUCCACUUCGAGGGCACCGGGUACGCGUGGUUCCCGCGCCUCACCGCCUGCAACGCCUCCCACCUGGGCUUCGACGUGACGACCAGCGCCGACGAGGGCCUGCUGCUGUACAACGGACCGCUAGCUGAGCCCACCGGCGGCGUGCAGGACUAUUUCGCCAUUGACCUACUUGAUGGUCGCCUGCGCGUGUUUCUGAACUACGGUUCUGGCACGGUGGUGGCCAGUCCUGAGGCGAAGAUCAACGACGGGCGUGUUCACCACGUGGACGUCACGUGGGAUCCGCAGACUGUCACGGUGCUGGUGGACAGUUGCGUCGGCGUGCCCUCGUGCCAGGCGGCGGUGGCGGUGGCGCCGGGCGGCGCGCGCUUUCUGAACGUGGCGGCGCCGCUGCAGCUGGGUGGCUCGGCAGUACCACUGGACCGGGUGCGCGCACUCAUGGCCUGGGAGGUCGUGCCCGGCUGGGGAGGCUUCACCGGCUGCCUGCAGAACAUGACCUUCCUCAACCGGGUGUUUGAUUUAAGCCACCCGUCUCACGGAAAGGAUUACAGCAACUACUGUUCGGAAAUUGUGAAAGCUAAGCCUGUGAUCGAGACGACACCAAGCUUCCUGAUCGCCUUUCUGUGCUGCCUGGUCUGCUUAUUACUGCUGGUGUUGGCCGUCGUCGUGUUCCGGCGCAGGAACGUGCGCACGCUCUACAAGGAGCCGACGGACGAGAUGCGGGACACCAUCAUCAACUACGACGACGAGGGCGGCGGCGAGAAGGACCAGACGGCGUACGAUCUGAGCGUGCUGCAGGUCGCCAACGGGCCUAUCAAGGAGAACGGCGCUGUGGCGGGCCGGGCGCCGCGGCAGCCGGCCUCCGUGCGCGACUUCAUCGACGACAACCGGCAGAAGAUGGACCAGGACGGGCACGUCUGGCCGCCGGAUGACGUUAGGAACUACGCCUACGAGGGCGGCGGCAGCUCGGCCGGCUCGCUCUCCUCAAUCAACUCAGGCACGGACGACAACGACCAGAGCUUCGACUACCUGACCGACUUCGGACCGCGCUUCCGCAAGCUGGCCGACAUGUACGGUGGCGGCGAGGACGAGGACGACGAGCGUCCUCCAGCGGCGCGGCCAUCCUCGAUCGCCGGCGAGUCAUGGUGCUAGCCCUGGCCUCGGCCGGUGGGUGCCGAGGCCCGGGAGCAGUGACGUCAGGACCGGCAGCUAGCCCUGGCCCCGGCCAUUGGGUGCCGUCACCCGGGCACUGACGUCGGGACCGGCAGCUAGCCCUGGCCCCAGCCGGUGGGCGCCGACUCCCGGGGCAGUGACGUCAGGACCGAUGGCUCCGGGUGGCAGGGCUGGCGUGACCGAGCUGAGGACUUCAGGUGGUGACGCGGACCAGGCCGGCGGUGGUCCGCCGCGCGGGCGUCUCCAAGGGUGCGCCGGAGCGGGCCUGUGCCGGGGCUCGCUGCCCAGAUCGUGAGACUCCGCAACGGCGCCGGGCGCGCGGGAAAGCUCACGAAGUAGAAUUGCGAUAUCCUCUGAAUAUGUCGCGCACGGUGUUCCGGCGCUGCGCGACGAUGCGGCAUUCCAUGGCGCGGCAGCGCUGUGUCGUCCACUCCCGGGGUUCGGCCACCGGCGAGCUCCGAGGUCUGGCCGAGUGGAGUGCGCUAUAGUGGUGCGCGAUGCGUUUCCACCGCCCCGCCCACCUAGUCACCGCGCGCGCUGACUUGUUUGCGGGCGCCGGAGGCAGGAGACAGAGAUAAGUCCGAAAGGAAGUCGGUGAAACCAAAGAUCUAUUGCGGUGAGGAUCUCCCGGGGCUUAGGUCGGCUUAUGAGAUGGUGUUGCGGACCAUGGAAUGGACGACAAGGAGAAUAUGUGUUUUUUUUUGCACUCGUGUAUGUGACGUGUGUGUCGGUUUGAGUGGAAGCAGUCGUAAGUUUGAUACACCGCCCAUGCUUUGUCGUCAUGAGUCAAUAUGCGUUUUGUAAUCAUUAUGUGAUAAUUUUGUAUUAGUAAACAAGAAUAUUGUUAUUCGAACGUAACCCCAACCCGUACUUUGUGACGUGUUUCUGUUGUGUUUUGUGCCGUUCUUGCGGGGCGGGCUGUUCUGCUGAUCACUGCCUCGGAUACUUAACUAGCCAGACCCGCCUGCCGCGUCAGCUGCUCGCUCACCAGCAUCAUCAUCUUCAUCAUCAUCUUCCCGCCCAUGUGGUCACCGUCACAGCCCCGCCUCACCCCUCGUUACACGCUGUACGUACAUGGUGCACACAUAUCCACGGCGUUCGGUGGCACCCGGACUGAGGAUGGACGCGUGCAGGAAGGGAUUCCGCCGGUGCAUAGGUGGCGCUAGCGCCGUCGUAUAGGUGACGCUACCGCCGUCUAGUCGGUGGCCAAACUACUGCCACGCUGGUCUGUUUCUGAAGGCUGUGAGCACUGCUAACGCACGAUGUGUUUCAUGGCUUGGUGUUGUAAGAAUACACUAAGACUUAUAAUA